AUCAGCAAGCAUUUUCAUUCUUGUGUUGUAAAGACACUUCUGUAUAAAACAAGACGAAAACCAAAGAUAUUUAAAAACUACACACACACUGCCCAAUUUCACACAAGCGACGUUAUCUAAGAAGGCACAUAUCCUCAUAAAGUUCAAAUCAACAUGUUGAUGUUCUACAAUCUCACAAGAUAACAGAGGCACACAAGGCCACACCAGUUGUCAGAUGAUCACGGUGUGACCCAGGCGAUACAUAAAGUAUAAAGUCAUUUUGACCCAAGUCCAGCUAAAUCUUUUAAAUUCUUCAACAGCCCACUUAACCUACUGGCAGUAUGUAUGAGUAUACAUUCUUAUCAAAUUGAAUAUAGUGUGUUCGAGGCAUUUGUACAUGUCUCCUAAAACGUAUUACUUUAAGUAUGCAACACAGCGUCGGUAACCUAUUGGCUGAGCUGCUGGACUAGCUAUAAGAUGUAGGUUUCAAAUCCUGAUCCGAUCUCGACACUGUGUCCUUGGAGAAGAUACUCUGCACAAAGCUACCCUCAACCAGCUGCAGGAGGAACGUAUCUGAGCAGUGAGCCCUCAUACGUCACAGACAAAAGUUCCGUCUUCGGGACAGGUUCUGACCCUCAAAAUGUCGACUUCUGUGAUUGACAGCUUGGAGAUAACGCCAGUUCUGCUGGUCUCAGCUCUCGCUCUUGUUGCAGGCUUGGUCUACAGAUACUUAACGACCUACCCAGCCAAUCUACCACCAGGUCCCCGGGGUUGGGACUGCUUUAAGCAGCUAAUGGAAGCGUGUAAUAAAUGCACACUGAAAGAGAAGAUGUGGAGCUGGGCAGAGCAGUAUGGCGACCUCGUCUUCUAUUACUCGCUGGGUGCCCCCUUUUGUGUACUCAACUCGGCGAAGGUGACACGGUUACUUUUGGCUGACGACAAGUACAAGUUGUUGACCGCUGACAGGGAACCAAACUUCUUUGCCAAAAACUUCUGGUACAACGGCAAAGAUUUUUUCUUCACAAAGUACGACGAUAUUACCAAGAGAAAGAGGAGAUUUUUCCACAAGGCUCUGGGCAUGUUCGGUGAUGGAGUGCUCCGGUUUGAGGACGUUGUGGGAGGGGAGUUGGACAAGUUCAUGGCUGGCUUGGGGCAGAAGGAGAAUGUGGACUUCCACAUGGACAUCGACCUCGCUAGAUCUUUGAUAAAGAUAAUUUACAUACUGUUGACAACCAGACCAUCCUAACCUACCUGCCCUUCAUGCGACAUUUCGGGAAGUUCAAGGCCAUGUGUGACCGCGCUUCGACAACCAGAAAAAUAACUGAAGAGAAAACUUUUUACCACGUCAGAAAAACAUACGUUCCUGGUGAGAUUCGGGGAAUCGUCGACAUCUUUCUCCAACAAGCAAAUGAGCCAGGAUACGAGUUUCUUAAGGAUGAUGAACACGCCAAGGCCAUGCUCAGUAAUAUCUUCGUAGCAGCCCAUACGACGACCAGAUCAAGCCUCCUGUCUUCCUUCCUUCUCAUGUGUCAUUACCCGGAGGUGAUGAGGAACAUUCAGGAAGAGAUAGACCGCGUCCUCGGAGACCGCCAGCCCCGUGUGGAGGACAGAAAGGACAUGCACUAUACCGAGGCCUUUAUAUUGGAGAUGCAGAGAUACAUCUCUCAGCUACCACUCGGCUUCCUGAGAUUGGUGAAAGAAGACAUCCCCUUGAACGGUUACGUUAUUCCAAAGGGAACUACG